AUGCACCAAAUAGAAUCACUAUUGUUAUUCUACUACGCCAGUUACCCAGGUAUGCCACAACAAAAGCAGAAAACAAAAAGUAUACAGAAAACUGUAGAGGGCGAAAUAGUCAAGUUGAAGCUGGUGAGAGAGAAGAAGGUGACAUGGAGAGCAGAUACAGUAGACAAUUCAAAGAUGAACAAGAAGAAGUCAAACGUAUGCUGCAUAUUUCACAGAGAGGAGUUGAAUGAGCCAACACCUAAAAAUAAGUACGAAAGAGAGUAA